AGGAACCUUGGAUGGAAGUGCGUCAUCGUCAGCCUAAGAUAUUUGAUCAGACUAAAAGGUCGAGACGAGAUGUCGUACUGGGCAGUCCAACCGAAGCCCGUCGAAAUAGUUCCUAAGAAAGAGGAAAACGUGGUUAUUUCUUCAAGCAUAAUUUCUCAUUUUGCCGCUGGGAAACAAUCAGAUGUAUCAACGCAUGCCACUUACCAGCCAGCACCUCUACAGGUUGUCGCACCUUCAGUUGAAGGGGAAGUAUUGAAGAAAGUUGGCGAAGUGCUUGCUGCAGAUCAGGAGUUGAAAGUCUUCAAGCAUAAGGGAGUCAACACAUUGAUUCGCAAAAGGAUUUUAGCUCUCGAGAACUCGGUCGUGAGUAAAACUGUUGAGAGACCGCCGAUGCAAGAGGUUGACAAGACGAUCAGGGAAGUGAAGCAAAUCGAGUAUGACUCCCCUGCCAGUGUAGAAGUGAGAACAGUUGUGGAACCUGCAGUACCUCAGCCCACUGCAAAUAUUAGAGCUUUAGCAAAGGCAAUGCAUGUGGAGCGGCCAGCCAUCGUCGAACUUCCCAAACUUCAGGUCGCUGAGAAACCAGCUGUCAAAACGUCGAUUCUAAAGGUCUCUGAGAUAGAAACCUCGCCUAAACCGAUCCUCACUAAGAAGUACUCUUUCGACAUGACGAAAAAGUUCCAUGAGGAAGAGGAUAACGAUGGUUGGAAAAAAGUCAAGGAAAUUCCUCUCGUGGCAAGUUCUGAGUCUGAUGAGACCGAGACCGAAGAAGAAUCAGAAGAAGAAAGUGAGGCGGAGGAAGAAGACGCUACGCAGUCGGAUUCAGGAACAGAAUCCGAUGAAUCAUCUCAGCCUCCCCCGAAAGUCGUGCCGAGGACAAAAAAGAAAGCAGAAAACGAUAAGGAAGCUGCGAAAGAAGCUCGACUGAACCCAAAAACGGUGGAGCGCAUCUUAAAAUAUGACAAUUUUUCUGAGUGCGUCGAAUCAAGUCUCUUUGAGAGCUUCGAAGAGUACCUUCGACGUCGCAACAUGGAGUCAGGAUACGAUCCCGAAAUUUACGAUUCUCGUUCGGAUUAUGACUAUCGUUCCGAAUAUGACUCCCUUUAUGGCUACAGUUCUCAGUCAGAAUAUGACACGCGUUCUGAUUACGAUGCCAUGGGCUACCAGAGCGAUGACGGCAGUGUCUUCUCUGACCGCACUGAGUUCACCAACGCGGAGGACAACGCAAGCUUCAUCAACAGCGAAUAUCGUCGUGACUACGACACAUACUCGGAGAGGAGCGCAGCACCUAUUGAUGAACCGGCCGGUCGUGACUACGACACAUACUCGGAGAGGAGCGUACUGACGUACGAUAGUCGUGCAGAUGAUCAAUAUUACUCUGACGGCGCCGAUGAUAGAUAUCAUGAUCGCGCACCGCUGUAUUACUCGGAUGAUGAUGACGAUAGAACGGUGAUUGAAGGUAGCGUCUACUCAGGGUACUCCUACGCUGGCUCGCACGCAUACUCGGACUAUGGCGACAGGACACCGACUGCCUCGGAAUACGGCGAUGGCAACGCGUACUAUGAUGACCGGGAUCCAUAUCCGGAGAGGAAAUAAUUAUAAAAAAUAUUUCACUCACAAGCAGGACGAUUUUUUUUAUUAAAUUCACGAAGUAGCCUUAUAUUAAAUAUGGCAAGUGUUAAAAGUCAUGCUGAGUGGUUUGUGUCUUUUUUUAUUAUUUUUAAUUAUGAUUACAACUCGAUAAUUACGUGUUUUUAAAUUAUUCUAUUAUUUAAUAGUCCAUUUCAUGUUUGACCUACGUUUAAACUUUUUUAAUCCCUCAAUAAUGUUCAACCAUGAUAAAAUUUAUGGUGGUUUUGAACAAAAUUUAUUUAACACCUGCACUGAAUAUUUUAUUUUGAACUACAUUCAAUCAGGAUAUUUGUUACUUCAAUUUAUUGUUUUUCAAUAAUUUUCUAUGUAGAAUGUAAAAAGACUAAGUA